CCGGUCGAUCCGUUCGGGGGGGCUCACCUGCUCUCGGCUCUGCGCUGUUGCUUUCCCGGCAAGUCGGCACUCCGUCAGCAGAUCGCGCGCGGUGUUUACGGAGUACGUUCGUUCGUCGUGUGUCACCCAUCGCCGUCGUCGUCGUCAAAACAUAUCGUUUGCAACGUGACUUUCUUCGCGCGCCUUCACCCAGGUCGUCGGUCAACUAAACAAAUCGAAGAUUUGUAAAGUGUAUUCUUGUUGAAACUUAUGCGCCAACUCGCUUCUGAUAAAGUGUCUUCCCUCGUCACCAAUCCAUUCAGCUAUCGAUAGCGCCGACAAAGAGUCAAGUAGAAGGAAAAAAAAACUUGCAAAAGUGGUGAAUAAAUAUCAAAAACGUGACACCAAAAGUGAAGAAAGAGAGUCGCGCAAAAAAAAAAGUCACCGGCAGUUCAAAGAAUGCAUCAAAAAACGAACUCUCUGCUAGAGCCUUAAAUAGCAGUGAGUACAAAACGAAAGAGAAAAAAACGGCCAGAUGUGAAAUGCAGCGUGAUUAAUUGAAAAAUGAUAAAGUUCUUCGCUGGCAGUAAGUUUCAAGUGGAGGAAAAAAAAACGAAAGAGAGUGUGAGUGACGAAAAAUCGCGAAGAUGAUUCCCGGCACAUGGCGAGAGGAAAAAGUUUUGAUCUGAAGAAUCUUGACAGUUCAUCUGAUAGUGGUGCCAAAGUGCAGCAGCAUCAGUUGCAGCGCUCGCUGGACCAGAAAGAGACGGGGCGAGAUCGGGAAGGAAAGAAAAACGGCAUUGAAGUCUCCUCAGCACGAAUCAUGAUGACCGCAGAACCACCGCCGACCACCACCACAACCACCUCUUCAAACCAUAACCUCAACAACAACAACCUGAACCAUCACCAUCACCUGUUUCCAACGGAUCGACUCAGCGCUCCGGUUCUAGCGCGACGAAAGUUCAGCUUUCCGGCUAGCUUUCACUCCACCGUCCUCCACGGAGACCACCACCCCUCGGGGACACUCCACUCGGGGUCGCUCCAACCAACGAGUACGGCAGCAUCCGCGGCCCGGCGUCGACUCAGCAACGUCAGCGAUGUGGUCACCCGCAAGUUGUCCAGCACGAUCGGCUGGAAGCAACCGGUUCUACCCUCGCAGGACAUCAUCACCCAGGGCAAGUGCCUGUGCGGCCAGUACAUUCGGUGUCGGCUGAAAAAGUCCGGCGUGUUCAACCGGAAGUUGGGCCUGCAACGGAUUCGCAGCAUCGUAGGAACGCCGUCGAUCCACGUGGUCCGCGAGGUGUUCCCAGCGCUGCUAAGUGUCGGUGACGAGCUGGAGCGGAUGUACCCCCGCGUUUACACCGGAAUCGCCCGCCAGUUGACGCGCUUUGGCCGCGGUGAGCUCAAAACGCCCGAAACGGCACCCGUGCUGCUGAGUGCGAUCGCCCGGGACCUGUUCAAGGCGGACAUCACCUGGGGCAAGGUCGUGUCGCUGUUUGCCAUUGCCGGGGGCCUCUCGGUCGACUGUGUCCGCCAGGGCCACCCGGACUACCUGCCAAAGCUGAUCGAGGGCGUGGCGGACGUCAUCGAGGACGAGCUGGUCACGUGGAUCUCGGAAAAUGGGGGUUGGGUUGGUCUGGCGAACAAGGUUCGGCCACCUCCGGAGGAGAUCACCUUCGCGGGAAGGUGUUUUGUUGGCGCCAGUUUGGUGAUGUGUUUGUUCAUGUUUGUGCUUUUGUUGAAGACGAUAGGAUUGUAUUUAUGGCCAAAUACAUUUGGAUAGCGAAAA